AUGGCACCAGUGACAUCUGACCCUACCUAUAUCUUAGGCAGGACACAGGACUCUUUCAUUAUCACUGCUGAUGUUGGCUUUUGUGAAAGGCAGCCAGUUCUAGGAACUGGACCGGGCAAUGGUGUGGGUACCCACGCCAAUACAGGGGAGCCAUCCCAGUCAAACUCCUCACCUGGCACUGACCCCAGAGUGGGUCGCCUACGCGCGGGCGAGUGCAGACAUGCACUUGGAGCCAGAAGUGAGAGCCCCUUUGGGCUCACCCCCCAAAGCGGUGGUGACUCUUGUCGUCCGGGAAACAGCGAUCCUAUAUGGGGGGCAUCCAUGGGCAAAAUCAAUGUUCAAUCAGAUCCGGUACCCAGGCCCCACAUUGGGCGCCAACUACCCCAGCUGGCUGGUGUUUCAGCGGAGACCUGGGAGUGGACAAAAGAAUGGGGGACAGGAGGCACAAAGAAGGAGAGCAAGUCUACAUUCAGAUCAAGCUCUCAAACUUUAAUUAAAAAAAACCACCCCCCCAAAAAAACCCAAAGGCUUAUAAAGACAAGCAGGCAGGAAGGUCACCCAGGACCCAGGACCAAUUUCAUUACCAUCAUGACCCUCCAUAUAGCCCUAAACCGGUAUUCUUGUUCCCCUUUUAAAGAAGGAGUGAGGCAUUCACAUUUUGGUCAUUCUUCUUGA